AUGAAGUUCUCCGCCGUCCUCGCCGCCCUCGUCGCCGUCGCCUCGGCCGCUCCCGCCCAGGACAGCGCCAGCAAGCUCUCGAAGCGCGCCCCGGUCUUCACGGCCAAGACGUUCGACGAGAUCACCAUCAGCGGCGGCGUCGCCGGCACCGCCAAGGAGGACGCCCUGAAGAAGCUGAGCGGCCUGCCCACCGACCUGACCAAGGUCGACAAGGCGGACCUCACGUUCCUCAACAGCGUCAACAAGAUCUGCAACCAGGCCGAGAUCGGCGCGUACAACGCGAAGAUCGCCGCCACGACCCCGGGCGAAGACGCGCUCGCUCUCCAGCGCGCCAAGAUCCAGAACAAGGUCCUCAAGCUCACCGCGACCGUCAUGGGCCUGCAGGCGCAGCAGGCGCAGGGCCAGAACGUGACGGCCAAGCUCGAGGAGGAGACCAAGAAGCUCAACAAGAACAUCGCCGACGACCAGGCCAACAAGGGCAAGACGGCCACCGCGCUCAAGUUCAACGCCUCCACCGACAACCCGACCGCGUCCAACGUCGCCAAGGACGACGUGCUGGCCAAGAAGGCCGGUGAUGUCGUCGACGCCUCGCUCAAGGCCACCGGCGCUGGAGGUGGUGCUGCCGCCGCCGGCAAGGGCAAGAAGACUACGAAGCCUGCGAACAAGGCCGUUGCGGAUGUCGCGGCUCAGGAGGCUGAGGUUGAGGAUGAGGAGUAG